UGAGCUCCCCCUCUGGCCGCUGCCGCGCUUGAUAUCGCGCCAUGGCAGAAGGCCCGAGCGGCCAGAGCCCCCGUGGCCCAGGCCGCAAGCUGUCCUUGGACUCGGUGGCCAUCUACUCCUCACCCUCCUUGCCCUCCUCACUGGGAACGCCCCACACGCACCUGGCGAGGAAGCUGGACGAGGAUAGCGGCGAUUUGCGCUUCAGCAACCUUGGAGUGGAGCAGAAGUUGACCUUGCUGCUCAAGAUUGUGGAGGACCAGAUGACAGAGAAAGAUUUGUUCAUCCAAAGCAGAUUGAAGAGCAUGGACGACAAAUUGGGCCAACUGCUCUCAAUGCCACUGGGCCUCAUCGGUUGCCAUCGGUGAAGUUCCGCACUGGAAGAAGGAGAAUAACAAUAACAAGAAGAACAAGAAGAAGAACAAGAAGAAGGAAGAAGAAGAAGAGGAAGAAGAAGAAGAAGAAAUACUAUACCUGGCUCUGCC